AUGCAAUUCCACUUCUACUUAUUCUUUGCAGUGCUGAACGGGGGCAUCUCAACCUAUCGGCCCGUGGAAGUAUCGCCCUGUGAAAUGAGAAACAUGGAUGCCUUUUGCAACGGCAGGAAUCUAGAUCAGAUCCCUCUGGCGCUUCAUCAAAAUGUAAACAAAAUUGUCCUUUCUGAGAACCAGCUUCAGAACAUCACAGAGCGUCCCCUGACUUUUUACACUUCUCUCCGACAUUUGGAUUUAAACUCCAACCACAUUGGCUUCAUCAAGCCGGGGAUCUUUGCCAGCCUGAGAAGUUUGGAGGAGAUCCAUUUGGCCAACAACCAACUCUAUCGCAUGGCUCAGAGCAACCUGUCGUUUGGACUCCUGCCCCACGUCAGGACAUUAGAUCUGUCUUGCAACAGGCUCUAUAAUGGGAUGGCCGAACACUUCCUUCACAAAGCACCGUCCCUUCAGUACCUUUCCCUGGCAGAGAACAGCAUUAUCGAAAUUUCCCAAAAGACAUUCCAGGGCUCUCCCUCGCUGAUCGAGGUGAACCUUCACAGUAAUAUGAUCAUGGAGAUAGAAGAGGGAGCCUUCGAGAGUUUAUCGCAACUCUCCAAACUCAACCUCUCUAUGAACUCGCUCACCUGCAUCGCUGGUUUCGACUUGAAGCAGUUGCAGAUUCUUGAUCUCAGCCGGAAUAGUAUCGAGAUCUUCCAUUCCAUUGAAUCCAUGGAUGAAUUCAAUCUGAUUUGGUUGGACUUGAGUGAGAACAAAUUGCUCCGCUUCCCGGUUCUCCCCCAGGUCAACAAGCUGGCCUAUCUGAAUCUAACAAAGAAUAUUCUCCAGUCUGUUAUGGUGGAAUCCCUUAGCGAGGAUGAGGACUACAAUUGGGAAGACCCAUCUCUUCCUCUCUUGGGUCAGGAUCAAAAAAGCAAUGCGAGCUCUCCACACUUGCCUGAGUUGUUACAUUUGGACCUGAGUUACAACGAGAUCAAGUCCAUCCCAAGUGACUUCUUCACUUCCAUGUCUAAGCUUCAGUUUCUGAACCUUAGCAAAAAUUGCCUUCAGACUUUUGUGGCAAGUUCUGAGCUGGUUUCACUGGCCAUUCUUGACAUAAGUUCUAACUCUUUACAAGAUCUAGAGGUGGACGUCAACACCUUGGGAAACUUACAAGAGUUCUACCUUCAGGAAAACAAUCUCCAAGCACUACGAUCGGACAUCUUUACAGGCCUUCCUCGCCUCUGGCUGCUUAACCUCCGGAGCAACAAUUUGAGUCUUUGUAGCUUCCAAUCAAGAUUAGCCAGACAAAGACCUGCAGCUGAAGAAGAUGGCUGUGUCUCCUUUGUUGAUGUUCCUGAGCUUCAGCAUUUAUAUCUGUCAGACAACAAGUUGAAGACCAUCCCAGUGUAUGGUUUCUACAGGACUCAACUUGUAGCUUUGGACCUCUCUAGGAACUGGGGGCUUCACAUAGAUGCCAAAUCAUUGUCUGGCUUGGAACUCUCUCUUGAAUACUUGGAUUUACAUGGGAAUGGCAUGACAACUCUGAAUCUCAAUUUCCCCCUUUUCCCUAACUUGAAAUAUCUCAAUCUUUCCGACAAUCAGCUCAGCUGGCUGUUUCCUUGGACUGAGGGCUGCUGUGCUUUGGAAGUUCUGGACCUGCAAUACAACAGCUUCAGCAAUCUGAAAAGUAGCAAGAUCCCAGCUUUGGAGAAAAAUCUACGGAAUCUGUACUUAGCUGGAAACCCGCUCAGUUGCUGCGGAAACAUCUGGCUCUCCCACAUGAUCCACAAAGCCACUGUGGAGAUCCCCAAUUUAGACCUAGUCAAGUGCCAACAUGUCAAGAGUUUUGGAUAUGAAGAAGAAGAAAUGCAUGUGGUCAAUAUCAGGCCAGAAGACUGUGAAAAAGAAGACCGCAAGAAGAUGAGUGUGCUGAUUCUACUAGCGGUGGCCCUUUUAUCACUGGUGGUCAUCGGAGUAGCCGUGUUCUGUUGCUAUCGUCGGCACAUAUUUGGGCGUCACUAUAAGGCAUAGGAAGUGUACUGCUUCUCCAAGUGCCCAAGACGCAUUGAUGUUCCUCAACCACUCUCCACUGGACAACUUAUGUCAGUUUAGGGAUAGAUUCGACUGUGUGAUACAAAACUUCUAUCUAAGGUUCAGGAUCCAUGAUAAAUCCUUCUCAUGAGCAAAUCAUCACUGAAUGACCAUGCUUGUGGGAAACUGCUCUAAGACUGUUCUUCAGAGUUCCCUCUGAAGCUCAUGGAGAUAGACUGAGAAGAAUCAACCACAGUGUUUACAUACCCAGAGCUCCCUUGGGUUUGGUGGAUUAAAAUGGUGGAUUAUUCACUCUUACAUUCCAAAAAACACAAUCAAAUUCCCAUAAGACCAUUGCCAAUAGGACACAUACAUAUAUUUGUUCCCAGAACAUCUGAUGGGCACUUCAGAUACUGGCUACAGAAUACCUUUCUUAGUGUUGCCUCUGAUUUUUCCACCUCCCCUUUGCCCAACAAAGCCAUGUAUUGGUCUAACUUCUUCCAGGAUUACAGUGAGUCCCAGUUCCCCAUUAUUCCUUAUCUUGAGAUCACAUCAAAGUCCAGAUAUUGGCAGCAUAAAGGGAUUGAUGCUGUGCAAGGACAGCACCUCAUUUUAGGGCUAGUUGAAUUUUUGAAGCAUAUCCAACCCCACUAGCAAUGGUGACCUCGUGUUUGCAGUAACUAAAGUAACCUGAGGACAAAAGAGGAGAGAGAAACUGGGACACUUUAAAAGAAGGUGAAAAAGUGGGACAGCAAAGAAUUAAUUAGGACUGUCCCUGUCAAAGUCAGAAGUACAUAAAUGGUUUGUUCCACCUUUUGCAAUGUCCUCCUAGGCUACCAGAUUGUUUUCUGUGUCUGUUUACCACUCUUCCUGCCACCCCUUGAUCCUGAGGUCCAUAGACAUCAUGCUAUGGUUGCCCCGUAUGCCAUAUUUGUGUAUUCUUGUUUAUUCUGGUCUGCCUUCACCUUCCUGAUGAAACGGAUAUGGCAGAAACUCAUCUUGGGCUUGAUCCCAAUCCUGCCAGGACUUCUAUUGCUCAGCACACCUUUCUUUUCUGCCUGCCUUAAAUCCAAAUAUAGAUACCUCAAAUGCCUCAUAGGCUGCAUCAACUAUCAGCACCUUGGUUGAUGGGACCUUUUGCACAUUUUCCUGGCGAUCCCUCUGAAUCGGAACAGUUGAAGGUUUUUAUUGCUUUAUAAGGGGAUGACCCAGGCAUUCAUACAUUGUGGAAAUAAAUGACAGAGAUUUUCUUAC